AUGCGAACGUUCAUUUUUAUCAUCCUUGCUGGCCUUCUGACCGCUGUCGUCGCUCGACCCUUCCAGAGAGAACCGUCCCCAGCAGGCGAUGCUCCUGUAACGCAGACGUUAUCGUUGCCUUCCACGCUGGUCUUCGAGACAUCGACAUCGGCAACCCUGCCUGAUGGUACCCUGGCAGGGGAAACAGGUUAUGGCGUCUACUCCUUGCUGGUGUCCCAAAAAAGGGUCAAGCCAACCAGCAUCAAGCGUAUCCGUCUUGUAAAACGCCAGGAAUACCAUAUCUUGCCCGAACCCAAUGACCAAGCGGUUCAGACAACGUCUAUGUCCGUGAACGAGACAGCGAGUACCAAUGCUACCCAGACAACCUCUUCCACAAACUCUACGAAAACUGCCGACGACCCGCCAUCGACAACACCGGUCAAUCUGGUACCGCACUGGAACACCGAGAAACACGCGAUUGCUUUCGCGGUCAUAUUUAUCAUCGUUGUUGUUGUGGCAUUUGUUGUUCUGUUGGUAUUGUACUUGAAGAAGGUGAAAAGGUUUUUCCAGCGGUGCAGACGGGAUAAGAAGAGCUUGCUUCCCAAGUACGAUGGUGUCACCAUCGACGGUGAUGAGGUGUCUUCCAUUGCGCCUUUGAACAAGGAGAGCAAGUCGGAUCGGGAUGCUUAUUCGUUCGAAAUCGAUCGCUCGCUUCCACGCUCUCCGCCUCCAGAAUACAUAGUCGAGGAAGACCCGGAAAUGGGCUCUGUGACUAGGGUUUACCGCGUGUCUAGAGCUGAAUGCAACAACAACUUCUCUCGCCGUUUGUCUGCGUUCUAUGAGCAAGAGCAGGAAAAUGAGGAGCAGGAAAAUGAGGAGCAGGAGAAUGAAGAGCAGGAGAAUGAAGAGCAGGAGAAUGAAGAGCAGGAGAAUGAAGAGCAGGAGAAUGAAGAGCAGGAGAAUGAAGAGCAGGAGAAUGAAGAGCAGGAGAAUGAAGAGCAGGAGAAUGAAGAGCAGGAGAAUGAAGAGCAGGAGAAUGAAGAGCAGGAGAAUGAAGAGCAGGAGAAUGAAGAGCAGGAGAAUGAAGAGCAGGAGAAUGAAGAGCAGGAGAAUGAAGAGCAGGAGAAUGAAGAGCAGGAGAAUGAAGAGCAGGAGAAUGAAGAGCAGGAGAAUGAAGAGCAGGAGAAUGAAGAGCAGGAGAAUGAAGAGCAAAAGAAUGUCGUUGGCAUGAGUCGACCUGCUCUUCCUCCCGCUGGCAAGCUUCGCGAGUCUGUUCAGAAACCGGUCCUUAUCAUACCGAAACCUCUGAAUCCUUUGAACCGUGUCAGAUCGUUCUCCGCAACUACGGAACUACAACAAUAUAUCUACGAACCCGUUUCGCGCGCUUCGCAGGACGAUGGCGAGCUUCCUCCUCGAAACUCAACGACGAGCGAGAGCAGGCUUACCAGGUAUUCUGAUCCGGGCCCGUUUGACAAACCGAAUCGGAUGUCUUUCCUACCGAGAAUUCAACGGUCGAGUUCACCUCUGUUUACAUUUGAUGAUGAAUAG